AGUUGAGGGUAAACCUCUGCUGUUUGAGGAGGGCUGAGCUGUUCUGUUAGUCUACACACACUGAAGGAACUACAGGCCAACUGUGGAUUCAGCUGGAGCAUACUGUUGGAAAUGAGAGCAAGAAGCUCAUCUGAAGCGAAUAAACUUGGAUACCAAGCAACUGAACAAAAAGAUGGGGGUGGACGUCUUUGCUUUGACACUGUUCACCUUGAGUCACCUGUGGCCACAUGUCCAAGCUUCAAGUCUAGUUCGGUUAAACACAGGGCUUCGGGUAGCCAGAGGCCAGUCGGUGUUUGUCACGGCUGGUGAACUUCAGUUGCACAUCGACGGGGUAUCUGAGGCCUGUAAGGUCGAAGUAGUUCUUACCGAGCCUAUCACGCAAAGAGUGGGGAAACUCACUCCUCAGGUUUUUGACUGCCAGUUCUUUCCCGACGAGGUGAAGUAUGUUCACAAUGGCAGCCCACUUCUAGAGGAGGACACUGUCAUGCUGAGGGUCUACAGGUUUACAGAAACUGAGACUUUUGUUGAGGCUGUGCUGCUGAAGAUACAUGUAGUAGAACCUCAAAGGAGCCUCACAGAGCUUGGAAAUGUUCCUCUGGUGGUUUCUGAGUUCUACAGCCUUUCCAAUGCCAUCAAUAGCAGUGUCCUUACCUUUAAAACCCAGCCUGAUGUGAUCUGCACGGUACGUCUUCUCAGCUCUGAGAUCAAUGUCCCAAUGCUUGGUCAACUGGUCGUUGAGGAUCCUGAAUCAAUGCCGGCUUCUGAGCCUGGACCGAGAAGAGGACGUCAUACUGGAAUCGCCUGCCCAGGAAAUAAAGCCUGUGACCACAACACAAGGGAAGUAGAGUUUUUGAAGACCGACUGUGCCGAGUUCCUCACAUCAGGUCUGAAGUACCAGCACCUCAGUCCUCCAUCACCUGAGAUUGAUUACAUCCCAAUCAGGGUGGAGUUCAGGGACCAGACCUCCCGAGCCAUGCUGGAGACUGAGAGUAUCUGGAUACCGGUACUGAUCCAAGGGGCCAUGCAGAACCAACCUCCCAAUGCUGCCUUCAUGCCUACGUUCAUCCUGGAGGUAGAUCAGUUCAUCCUCACCCCCAUGACCACUGCUGCCCUGGAUGCCAAAGAUGACGAGACCCCUCAGGCCCAGCUCAUCUUCAACGUGACCAAACCUCCAGCGGAGGGAUAUAUUACUCAUUUGGACGAUCACACCAAAACUGCAUUCUCCUUCUCAUGGCAAGACCUGAAUGAGAUGAAAAUUGCCUAUCAGCCCCCAAACAGCAGUCACACAGCCAGGAGGAACUAUGAGGUUAGGAAAUGGUAA